GGGAGUACAAUCCCGAGGACGUGGCAAGACGGGCCGCGAAUUGGUCGAGAUGAGGCAGUCGCUUAUCGAAGGCAACAAUGCUUGACAUUCAGCCUAUUCUAGACGAGGUUCAGGAUGACGGAGCAUGGUUGGCUACCCAGCCUUACAUGCUCCUCCGCUCAGAGUGGACCGUGCCAUGUUAGUGGAGGAUGUUUCGGCGGAUUCGGACGAUGAUGAUGAGGAGGAGGAGAUCACUGAUUCGCCUCUUCAGUGUCACAGGGCGAGGAUGAUCACGUCACGCAGCGCGCAUGAAGAUGACAAUUUGGCUGGUGGUGUUACCACUACUCCUGCAUCCCCGGUUGACGGAAGUGCAGUUGGUGACGCAGGUUCUUGUGUGACCACUUCUAUUGCUCAUCAUGCUUCUCCAGCCGCGUCCAUUGGUGGGAGAUCAGUAUUGCAACGUGGCACUUGUGUUGGUGGCACGAGUUCACCUAUUGAUGGUGUUCAUGGGAGCACUGCAGUUGGUGGGAGUUCGACCAUGCACAACAACAGUUCUAGUGUUCCUUGCAGUCUGGCAAUUGGAUGGAGCUCCAUAGUGGACGGUGGUGUUGCUCUGGGUGUGGCCUUGAGUGAUGGUGGUGCAGGUUGCCCUGGGGACACAGCGGAUGUGCCUGCAGGGAAGGCCAGUGCUGAUCUUGAUGUCAACAUGAGUGACGCUGGCGGAGAGUGUCAUGAGGACACCACCACCACACCUGCAGCAGAUGUGUUCGCUUCACUUAUCCCUUUCAUAUCCCCUGAAGAUUGCACGAUUUCACCGUCGAGUUCCCCCCUCCAAACGGACAACGGGGACAGCAAUCCGCGUCGAGGAAGAUUGAGCAAUGAUGUCCCAUGCUUCAAUGAAGAGAGUACGCCCUCAUCAACUGCAGUACACAGCGGGAUGAGCCCAAGUGAUGGACACCAGCCUGUUGUCGUUUUUUGCGCAAGGAUUUCCAGGAAGAGAAUGUCCCCGCCUAAAAUUAACCAAGAGGUUGUGCGCACGGUAAAGAGCAUGGCUGGCCGAAAGAAGGGAUCGAAGAACCAGGAAGUGUCGAAUAAGAUGGAUGUGGCAAAGGAGAAGGACAAGUCAAAGAAAAAGGACAGCAGAAGAAGAAGGACACGCCAAAGAUGAAGGACAAGUCGAAGAACAAGGACGCAGGAGAAGUCCCCUCGU